AUGAUAGUGGAAGAGUAUGAAGAGGAGUUUGACAAAUUAUCUUGUUUUGCUACCGAAGCAAAGAGGGUUGAAAGAUGUAAGCAGGUAGGGCAUACGGUAGACCAAUGCCCUAGUAGUGGUUCCGGAAGUGCGGGGGGUCAUCCCCCGAGUUUGCAUCAGGGUAGUUCAAGCCGACAGCAGCAGCAGGGUCGGUCUAUGCCACCAGUCGUCAGGAAGCUAAGCACUCGGGACAUUGGUGACAGUUGUGAGAGAUUAUCCGAUGUAUUCCCGGAAGAACUUCCAGGAUUGCCUCCACCAAGGGAGAUUGAUUUUACGAUUGAACUGAAGCCAGACACUAUUCCUAUAUCCAAAGCUCCGUACAAAAUGGCUCCGGCAGAAUUGAAAGAAUUAAAGGUUCAAUUGGAGUUGAAUAAGGUGACCAUUAAGAAUAAGUACCCGCUUCCUAGAAUCGAUGACCAGUUUGACCAGCUACAGGGUGCUACCGUAUUUUCCAAGAUUGACCUACGGUCAGGUUACCAUCAGCUGAGGAUCAGGGAUAGUGAUAUUCCGAAGACUGCAUUUCGAUCCAAAUAUGGGCAUUACGAGUUCAUUGUAAUGUCUUUUGUUCUGACUAAUGCUCCAACGACAGAGGUGGAGCAUAAGGAACAUCUUAGGAAGGUCCUAGGAACAGUUAGGGAAAACAAACUGUAUGCAAAGUUUUCUAAGUGCGAGUUCUGGCUACGAAAGGUGUCCUUCCUUGGGCACGUGGUGUCGAAGGACGGGGUUUCAAUGGAUCCAGCUAAGAUUGAAGCCAUUACCAAUUGGCCCUGCACUACGACGGUCAGUGAGGUGCGUAGUUUCCUGGGUUUGGCCGGAUACUAUCGUAGGUUUGUAGAGAAUUUAUCCAGCAUGGCCAUGCCAUUGACCCAGCUAACCAGGAAGGGAGCUUCGUUUGUUUGGAGCAAAGCGUGUAAGGACAGUUUUCAGGACCUCAAGCAGAGGUUGGUUUCAGCCCUGGUUCUCACCGUACCAGACGGCUCCAGGAACUUCGUGAUCUACAGUGAUGAUUAUAAGAAGGGUUUGGGUUGUGUGCUUAUGCAACAUGGUAGGGUGGUCGCCUAUGCCUUUCGCCAGUUGAAGAACCAUGAGCGCAACUAUCCUACCUAUGACUUUGAAUUAGCAGCGGGACGGUUGUGCGUCCCAGCAGAUGAUGGGUUAAAAGGGGAACUCUUGGCGGAAGCUCAUAACUCUCCAUUCUCGAUGCACCCAGGUGAAGGCCUUGAGGCAGAAGAUAGUAGGCUUGCUACAACCUUUGGAUGUGCUAGAGUGGAAAUUGGAGAGGAUGGCUAUGGAUUUUAUUACGGGGUUGCCCAGGACAGCGAAGGGUUUCUCGGUGAUUGGGUUGUGAUAGACAGACUCACUAAGGUGGCACAUUUUAUUCUAGGAAAUCCCACGUACGUGGUGAGUAAGUGGGAUCAGUUGUACAUGAAGGAGAUAGUAAAGUUGCAUGGUGUGCCAGUGUCAAUUGUGUCCGACAGGGACCCUCGUUUCACCUCCAGUUUUUGGAAGAGCCUCCAGGCAGCUUUAAGGUCGCAGUUGAACUUCAGUACAACGUUUCACCCUCAAACUAAUGGGCGAACAGAACGUUUAAAUCAGACAUUGGAGGACAUGUUGUGCGCUUGUGCGUUGGAAUUCUCAGGGGGUUGGGACUCCCACUUACAUUUGGCAGAGUUUGCUUAUAAUAACAGCUAUCAG